AUGUCCAACAAGCCAAUCUUCGUUGCGACUCACCCUAGAGCAUGCUCGACAGCAUUCGAGCGAGUCUUCAUGACUCAGCGGGACACCCUCCAAUGCGUUCAUGAACCCUUCGGCGAUGCAUUUUACUUCGGCCCAGAGAGACUUAGCGACAGAUAUGAGAAAGACCAGAAGGCACGCACUGAGAGCGGCUUCGAAAACUCGACAUACAAGACCAUCUUCGACAACAUUAUGAAAGAGAACGAAGAGGGCAAACGCAUCUUCAUCAAGGAUAUCACUCACUACCUGGCGCCUCCUGACUCCAAGCCGGCGUCCAUUGCACCAUCUUUGAUGAAGGUCAAGCGUGGUGUCGGUACAAGCGAAUCCAACGGCGGCAACCCUCUGACAGACAUUGUUGGUGAUUCUGAGAAGAGCUCUGGCUCAUCUGGCGCCGAAAGCUCUCCACCCUAUCCCUAUGCCACAGAGGCCGAGCCUGGCAACCCCACCGUCGUUCCCACAGACAUCUUGAACAAGUUCCAUUUCGCCUUCCUCAUUCGUCACCCUAAGCACAGUAUUCCCAGCUACUGGAGGUGCACCAUCCCUCCGCUCGACGCCAUCACUGGCUUUUACAACUUCAUGCCUUCCGAGGCCGGCUACGACGAGCAGCGCCGCUUGUUCGAUUAUCUCCGUUCCUGCGGUCAGAUUGGUCCCAAGCUUGCAGGCCAGGAUUCGGCAGAUGGCGAACAAAAGAGCGGAGCUGUAGACAUCUGUGUCAUCGACGCGGAUGAUUUGUUGGAUAACCCUUCGGCCAUCCUUGAGCAGUUCUGCAAGAGCGUUGGUAUCGAAUACAGCCCCAGCAUGUUGAACUGGAAUAACGAGGAGGACCACACUCAUGCCAAGGAGGCCUUCGAGAAGUGGAGAGGCUUCCAUGAGGAUGCUAUCCACUCGACUGAGCUCAAGCCCAGAACCCACAAGAAGGCAGAAAAGAGUGAGGAGCAGCUCUUUGCCGAGUGGUCUGAGAAGUAUGGUGAAGAUGCUGCCAAGAUUAUCCAGAAGACUGUCGCAGACAAUGUCAAGGACUACGAGCACAUGAAGCAGUUCGCUAUCAAGGUUUGA